AUAUAAUUCAAUAUUUAAUACUUAUCGUUGCCUUAACCUCAUAUCUUAAGCUAGCAUUCAAAUUUCCCUCUCUUUCUAUUUUCCUUUUGUUUGUUCUCAAAUUUCACUCACAAUCUUUGGAUUCUUCACGAGCCGGACCACGACAUCUGCAUCUACAAGAAGAAGAUACCGAAGGCACUUCAAUUUCUGCCGGUGUACAAUUUCCCUCUUUAUUUUCUUUAGUCUAGUAAACCCUAAUUUCAUGAUGCACUGUUUACUUAGUUCUGAAUGUUGUGUUGAAUCACUCUGGUCUUGUGUGGAUCUAAAUCGUUCUGUACUAUCUCUAUAAAAAAAUCAGAAUAUUUUGUGUCUGCGAUGGGGACGAGGCAUAUGGAGAUGAAGAAAUCCUUCAAGUUCUGCAUUCGUUCUCUGCUCACUCCCUGUUCUAAGCAGGAAUUUUGCCAAGCAUUUCCCAAUUUUACAACUGCCGAGCAAGAGCGUCUUCAUAGGAUGUUUAUUCAGGUCAUCACGUCUUUGCAUGGAAAUGUAGAGGAUGAGUUUCAGUCAGUAUGCCUUGAAACACAGGUGGGAACUGCUCUUGAUACUGUUGAACAACUUGUGGAAGAACAAGCUCUGGAUCGUUUGUUUUCAGAUAAGACUAAUGUAAUGGAUGUUGCUCAUGAUCUGUCCACAAUGAAGAAGGAUCAAAUCCAGUACUUGACAAAGAUGCUGGAAACGGCUGAAGAACAGAAUCAGUGUCUUCGGGAUCGUGUAGAGCUUUUAAAGAAAGAAAGGCUAGAUGUGUCAGGCAUGGCAAAUGCUGUUGAGCGGUUGAGAAGUGGGAGUGUAAUGUAUGGAAUGUACAACAGCAACAGCCUCCAUAAUCCAUGACAGCGGUUAGUGUAUUGAGGUAAAUUCCUCUGGUGGAUUAAGCCUAUUGAUUCCAUGUGUUUUUGGCUUGAGGAUUGAAUCUUCAUUUGGCUUGUACUCGUCGCGUAAUCAGAAUCCUCAGGUGCUACUUGUAAUGUAGGUCUCAAGUGUGUGUAUAGAAGCGAUUGUAUCUCUCAAAGUUUUGAAAUUGGAUCAAUGUCUUCUGUGCUUUUUAUGCAAAAUGAAUUGCUGUUAAAUAUGCCCUAUUGUUUUU